UGUUGUUGCUGUUGUUAGUAAGUAAACUGUGACGUUCAUCCAAGGGCUUUUACUUUGAAAGGAACACGCGGAAAUGUCCUUUUCAUUCCGAGUGGCUCACUUCCAUGGUUUCCCAUCGUGUCCACGCAUACAGUUCCGGGUGGAGUGUAAAUGGUGGAAAUAUGGGUCAAAUCGAAGAACUAAAAAUGUUUGUCUCCGAGCGGCUGCACGCUGCUGCCUCUGAAAUAUUAGGCGCUAUUGAAAAAACAAUGACGGACUACGAGAAGCAGGCUUCCCGGCUGAAGGAAGAAAACAACCGCCAUCGCUCAGUGCUAGACAUUAUCCUCAAAGCCAAGCUACCAGGGACACAAGCAGGUCAUGCCACCAAAAGUACCACUACUGCCAUUAGCCCACCGGCACCAGAUUCAAGUCCUACCUGCAAGGCCAGAGAAACCCCCUGCCAUUCCAGUGAGUUACAGUGUGUCUUCACCUCACGCACUGACCUCCUAAAGUCCGCAACCAAUGGCGACUGUCCCUACUGCCUCAAGAGUACUGAAGCCACUGAGACCCACUUGAUCAGAAAACAUUAUCUGUUUGCUGUUCAUUUUACUGAGAAUGGCACUGUGAAAUUUGUUGUACCAUGUACGUGCAAAGACAGGAUCCAGGGCAGAAGUCACUGGCACUGUCCAUAUUGCAGAAAGAUCAUUUAUCGAAAAUGCAACUUUGAGCGGCACAUAUCUAAACAACACCGUUAUACAAUACUGCAGCAAAGCCAUGACGCAGGAGAUGGAUCCGCACCCUCUGUCUCUGCCUUUGAGGAGGAGGUUCCCCUGAGUCCUGAACCUUGGUGUCAGGAGCUUGGCAGUGUGGACCAGGAGGACCCACAGACCUCACUGCUGCUUCAAAUUAAAGAAGAGCAAGAAGAAAUAUGGAGACAAGGUCUGGUAUGCAGAGGUUUACUUUCACUGCAUGUAAAAACGUGUGACGCAAACAACUGAAUAGACUUUGUUUCCCCUUUGUCCUCAGCGAGUCCUCCUGAGUUGCAGAACUCAGGGCAACUGCAGACCAAGGGCGAGCAAAUACAAAAAAGUAACAGUGAAAUGGGAGAACAAAGUAUGGAGGAAGAUCACGCCGAAGACUCUGCAUUCACUGUUGUCUGUGUGGACAAUUAUAUUCAAGAUCUUAGUGAAAUAAACAGCGUGGAACGCAGCAAGAAACGCCGUCUUUCUAAUUCUUCAACUCUGGAAACUUGGGAACCUCAGCACGCCACUGAAGACGAGAUUGAGGAGUGGAAGAAGAACCAUACACCUUGUUCUAGUUUACAGGCACCCAGUUCAAAGAGGAAAAAGCGUGUGAAACGAUCUUCACCCACCUUUAAUACAAAUAUAAGGAAAUCAACAAAACUAACCGUCAGUCAGAAUCCCACAGGUCCUCAUUGUUGUAAAGCCUGUGGAAAGACUUUCCAUUACAUGUACACGCUGAAGGCACACGUGCAAACGCACACAGUGGAUAAAAUUUGCGGAAUAUGUGGAGAACAUUUAGAGUCCACAGGGAGUUUAAUCCAGCACCUUCAAAGCCACACAGAGAGAAACAAAUGUGAUAUAUGUGGCAAACAGUUUUCUAAUAAUUCCCGUCUGAAACAGCAUAGAAGAUUCCAUGGACUAAAGGGUCUGAAUGUCACAUCAUCAGUUUAAAUACCACCUAAAGUCCUACAGGUGUCAUAAAUGCAUCAAAAGCUGCUGUGAUGAUCGGAUUCUGAGCAGUAAAAUACAGAGUGUGAGAUAACAGUCCAGCGGUGUAUUUACGAGAGGAGGAACUCAGUCCAUGUUGAUGUUUAUUGUUUAUCUUUGUAUUCAUUUACAAUUUUGUAGAUUUAACUUUGAAUAAAAAACAAACUCAAGACUCUGAUUCAAAGUCA